GCAUCCUCCUCUGCCCCUUUCUCUUGUCGAGUAGUCUGCGUUUGGCCCAGUCCGAGGAGCUCCCAUCCUGCACGACGCCGAGGAGCUGAAGAGGAGGGCUGCCACGGAUUUGCAAUUCAAACUUUUACAUUUUUUGUAACCCAAAUUUAAUAAAGCCUGAAGCUAAAAAAAAGAGAAGAUGUUUAAGGUGAUCCUCUUGGCCGCUCUAACCGGCUUCACCUGGGCCAGUGACGUGCUUGACUACACGGAUGAUGACUUCGAUGCCAGGAUCGGAGACCACGGACUCGCUCUUGUGGAAUUCUUCGCCCCUUGGUGCGGCCAUUGUAAGCGGCUUGCACCUGAGUACGAGGUAGCCGCCACGCGUCUGAAAGGCCUGGUUGCUCUGGUCAAGGUUGACUGCACAUCCAGCACCAACAUAUGCAGCAAAUACGGCGUCAGUGGCUACCCGACCCUGAAGAUCUUCAGGGAUGGAGAGGAAACCGGUCCCUAUGAUGGUCCCAGAACUGCAGAUGGUAUUGUCGGUUUCCUUAAGAAGCAGGCUGGACCAGCUUCUGUGGAGCUCAAGUCUGACGCAGACUUGGCAAAGUACACUUCGGACCCAGACGCAAGUGUUGUCGGGUUUUUCGCCGACGCCAAGAGCACUGCGCAGGCAGAGUUCAUGAAGGCAGCCAGCGCCUUGAGGGACAGCUACCGGUUCGCCCACACCAACUCUGAGGCGCUCCUCCAGAGCCACGGCGUUGACGGAGAGGGAAUCGUCCUUUUCCGCCCACCAAGACUCAACAACAAGUUUGAAGAAAGCUCCGUCAAAUACAGCGAGGACGUAUUCACCAACAGCAAAAUAAAGAAGUUCAUCCAGGAGAACAUCUUUGGGAUUUGCCCCCACAUGACAGAGGACAACAAAGACCAGCUGAGGGGAAAAGACCUGCUGGUGGCCUAUUACGAUGUGGAUUAUGAGAAAAACCCCAAAGGCUCCAACUACUGGAGGAACAGGGUGAUGAAGGUGGCCAAAGGCUUCCUGGAUCAGGGCAAGAAGCUGAACUUCGCCGUGGCCAGCAGGAGCGCGUUCAGCCAAGAGGUGUCCGAGUUCGGCAUGGACGGCAGCUCGGGAGAAGUGCCGCAGGUCGCCAUCCGCACCGGCAAGGGAGACAAAUACGUCAUGGCCGAGGAGUUCUCGCGUGACGGUAAAGCUCUGGAGCGUUUCCUGCAGGAUUACUUUGAUGGCACGUUGAAGCGCUACCUCAAAUCCGAGGCCGUCCCAGAAAACAACGACGGACCCGUCAAGGUCCUCGUGGCAGAGAACUUCGACUCCAUCGUCAACGACGACAGCAAAGACGUGCUGAUCGAGUUCUACGCUCCGUGGUGCGGACACUGCAAGAGCCUGGAGCCCAAGUUCAACGAGCUGGGAGAGAAGCUCUCCGGUGAUCCCAACGUCGUCAUCGCCAAAAUGGACGCCACCGCGAACGAUGUGCCGUCUCCGUAUGAAGUCAGCGGUUUCCCCACCCUGUACUUCUCCCCAGCCGGACGCAAGACGAGCCCAAAGAAAUACGAGGGAGGUCGCGAGGUGAGCGACUUCAUCUCCUACCUGAAGAGGGAGGCCUCCAACCCCCUGGUGGUGCAGGAGGAGACCAAGAAGAAGAAGAAGAAGAGCGACGACGACAAGACGGAGCUAUAAAAGCUCAUGAGAGAAACUCAACGUCCCCAUCGCAACAUGAGGAGGAUUGUGGGAAUCAUGCAAAGAACGAACUAAAUUAUAUUCCACUCUCUCUUAGUGAACUACCGAAUGCUCUGAGGCCAAGUCGAAAAGACGCGGCCCUCCCUUUUUAGGUCCUCCGUUGCUCUGGGAAAGCUGCUGAGAGGUGGAGGCCAGGGCCUCCCCCGAUGUCUAAAAACAAAAACAAAUUUUUAGGGAAGAGGGAACAGCUUUUGAAAAUUGAGAUUUUUAUUUCCACUGGUCUGUCUGCUGCGCCUCGGGCUGAUGGUGGUGGUUGGACACCAGUUUCCAGUCAUCUGUCACUUUGGUUUUUGUUGUCACAGGGAAUAAUGGCUUUUGGUGAAUUCCUUUUUUUUUUUUUUUUUUUUUGUAACA